CUCACCUAACAGCCCACACAAGACCAAUUGUUGGAAAGCUCCCACAACACAACUAUCAGCCCAUACAUCCCACCCCCAUGCUAUCAGCGCAAAGCCGCAAACAAGCCUUCACCGAACGCCUCUGUAGCGUCUAACAGCAUUUCUCAGCGCGCCAAGUACACAUUUGCACGUGUCGCAUUCACCUUUAUUUAUAUCCGGAAACGCUUUUCUUCUUCUUUGAAAGAGCGAAGAUGGCUUCACAGAACCCAUGUUCUGAGAAGCAGAGAGUCAUAAUUCCCAACAAGCAUGGUCAAAAGCUUGUUGGCAUAUUACAUGAAUGUGGAACUACCAACAUUAUAAUCUUGUGUCACGGUUUUCGAUGCUCCAAAGAUAGUAGUCUGAUAUUGAACCUUGCUGUGGCAUUGGAAAAUGCCAGAAUCUCUUGUUUCCGCUUUGACUUUUCUGGAAAUGGAGAAAGUGAAGGUUCGUUUCAGUUUGGUAAUUAUGGGGCUGAGGUUGAUGAUUUACAUGAUGUAAUUCAACAUUUCCGUGAAUCAAACCGUGUAAUCAGUGCAAUUAUUGGGCACAGUAAAGGAGGUGACGUGGUGCUUCUUUAUGCAUCAAAAUAUCAUGGCAUUAAAACAGUUAUUAACCUCUCUGGACGCUACAAUCUGAAGGACGGCAUUGAAGAGCGCCUUGGAAAAGAUUAUUUGGAAAGAAUUAGGAAGGACAGCUUCAUUGAUGUCAAGAAGAAAAGGUCAGCAAGUUUUGAGUUCCGUGUAACUGAGGAAAGCUUGAUGGAGCGCAUCAGUACAAACAUGCAUGAAGCAUGCCUUCGGAUUGACAAAGAAUGCAGCUUAAGCUUUUAGGAGAGAUGGUUCAUGACACAAAUCUUGAUAUAAAUGGUGCAAUUACCAUGAUCCAUAGAUGUGCAUGUUAAUUUCAAACAAAAUCACAUUCAUACAUGACAGGGUGCUUACAAUUCACGGUACCUCUGAUGAAAUUAUCCCUGUGGAAGAUGCACAUGAGUUUGCAAAGAUCAUACCAAACCACAAGUUGUAUAUUGUUGAAGGUGCUGAUCACGGAUACACAAAUCAUCAAGAUGAGUUAGCCUCUCUUGUUGUGAAUUUCAUAAAGGAAAUAUUACAGCAGGACAAUUGUACUACCAGCUAGGUUUUGUCCUCUGCCUAGCAUAUGAACUUUCCCUUAUUGCAUGACAUAAGUUUUCCUAAUUGUAUAAUCAUAGUCAUUACACUCAGAUUGGAUCACUUGUUCAACCAUAGGUCAGGCACUGAUUUGAUCAAUUCUCUGAUUUCCACUCGGAAUUUGUCAGUUCGGUUUAGAUUUCAAUAACUAUGGAUGACAUUGUGAUAGAUGUGUUUAGAUCAAUUGAAUCCAAUAUGAAACUAUGACAAAUUUUCACCUCUACAGAUCCAUGCCCAAGCCUGACUAUGAUCUUUUAUAUUCUACAACUUGUUUGUGUA